AUGCGGCGGCUCGGGGGCACCCUGCUGUGCCUGCUGCUGGCGGCGGCGGUCCCCACGGCCCCCGCGCCGGCCCCCACGGCGCCCCCGGCUCCCGCCGAGGCCGGCCCGGCUCUCAGCUACCCGCAGGAGGAGGCCACCCUCAACGAGAUGUUCCGCGAGGUGGAGGAGCUGAUGGAGGACACGCAGCACAAACUGCGCAGCGCGGUGGAGGAGAUGGAAGCCGAAGAAGCUGCUGCUAAAACAUCAGAAGUGAACCUGGCAAACUUACCUUCCAGCUAUCACAAUGAGACCAACACGGAAACCAGGGUUGGAAAUAAUACCAUCCAUGUGCACCGAGAAAUUCACAAGGUCACCAACAACCAGACUGGACGAACGGUCUUCUCAGAGACGGUCAUCACAUCUGUGGGAGAUGAAGAAGGCAAAAAGAGCCACGAGUGCAUCAUUGACGAGGACUGCGGGCCCACCAGGUAUUGCCAGUUUGCCAGCUUCGAGUACACCUGCCAGUCUUGCCGGGACCAGCAGACACUCUGCACCCGGGACGGUGAGUGCUGUGGGGACCAGCUGUGCGUCUGGGGUCACUGCGCCAAAACAGCCACCAGAGGUGGCAACGGGACCAUCUGUGACAACCAGAGGGACUGCCAGCCUGGGCUGUGCUGUGCCUUCCAGAGAGGUCUCUUGUUUCCUGUGUGCACACCCCUACCUGUGGAGGGUGAGCUGUGCCAUGACCCCGCCAGCCGGCUUCUGGACCUCAUCACCUGGGAGUUAGAGCCUGAUGGAGCUUUGGAUCGAUGCCCGUGUGCCAGUGGCCUUCUCUGCCAGCCCCACAGCCACAGCCUGGUCUACGUGUGCAAGCCGGCCUUCAUGGGGAGCCGUGGUGAAGACGGAGAGAGCCCGGUGCCCAGAGAGGCCCCCAGCGAGUACGAGGAUGGCAGCUUCAUUGAAGAGGUGCGCCAGGAGCUGGAGAAUCUGGAGAGGAGCCUGUCUGUGGAGAUGGCCCUCGGGGAGCCCGAUGCUCCCUCUGAGCUGCUGGAAGGAGGAGAGAUUUAG